UCCCUGUCCCCCGGCCCGGCCCUGCCCUGCGCCCAGCCACCGCCGGGGCAGGGACUCUCCUCUGCGCCUCGAUGCGGGAGCCGCUCAGUCUCCUGUUCACCACCUGGGGUUUCUCCAGCCAGACGCUGACGGCGGCCCAGAAGCCCCCGGGCAGCAGCGAGGCGCUGUCCCGCAGCGCGAUCGCCCCCGCCGGCAGCCCCAUGUGCCCCGCCGCCGCCCGCAGCGCCAGCGGGUGCCGGAGCCCGGCCGGAGUCGCGGAGUGAGCGUGUCUCCGGCGGGGAGGAGGCGGGCGAGGCGCAGGCUUGCACCGUCAGUUCCUGCAGCGAGGCAGCGGCAGCGGCCGAAGUGUUUAAAUUCAAGAUGGCAUCGACUAGUGAUCUGAAAGAAGCCACUUGCAACCAAAGUUCUUGGGACAUCUUGCUACCAGAUUUCCCUGAGGGGCCACUUUGUGAGUACCGUAAGAGGGCUUCCUUCAGCUGGAAGGAGAUGGCAGUGUUUAUAGAUGAAGAAGAUCUCAUCCAAUUCAAGAAUAGAAUCUUCUCUGCUUUUGAAAAUGAUCCUGUCUUUGCUCGCUACCCUGGAGAAGAUGUGACUUUCGAGAAGUAUCGUGAGCUGACAUUCCUACGCUGUAAAAGGCUCUUUGAAUAUGAGUUUCUUAAACUGGAAGAUAUCAUGGAGAAGCCAUUAAAAGUUAUGGUUCUUAUAAACUGCCUAGGGAUGUAUGAUUGGUCUCUAGGUACCAAAUAUUUGUUAAAUGCUCAGGUGUUUGGUGGUGCAAUUGAGAAUACUGGCUCUGAAAGGCAUCAGGAAUUCGUGAAACAAACCAGUAACAUGGAGAUUUUUGGAUGUUUUGCUCUGACUGAAGUCAGCCAUGGCAGCAAUACCAAGGGCAUACGAACAACUGCCAGAUACGACCCCAGCACGCAGAAAUUUAUCAUCAACACUCCUGAUUUUGAAGCUGCCAAGUUUUGGGUUGGCAACAUGGGGAAAAAUGCCACUCAUGCUGUCGUCUACGCCCAGCUGUACACUCCUGAUGGGCAGUGCCACGGAUUACAUUCCUUUGUUGUGCAGAUUCGAGAUACAAAAACGCUGCUUCCUAUGCCAGGGGUGAUGGUGGGUGACAUAGGAAAGAAACUUGGGCAGAAUGGUUUGGAUAAUGGGUUUGCUAUGUUUCACAAUGUGAAGAUACCUAAAGAAAACGUUUUGAACAGAACUGGAGAUGUCACAGCUGAGGGGGUAUACAUCAGCUCAUUUAAGGAUCUCAAGCAGCGUUUUGGCGCGUCUCUUGGGGCUUUGUCCAGUGGUAGAGUUAUGAUCAUAGGCAUGUCUGUGGUUAAUUUAAAGCUUGCCUUAUCAAUAGCCAUUCGCUUCUCUGCCAUACGUCGUCAGUUUGGACCAACAGAUGAAGAAGAAAUACCAGUCCUGGAAUACCAAAUGCAGCAAUGGCGCCUGCUUCCCUAUCUGGCAGCUACAUAUGCCUUAGACCAUUUCGCCAAGUCUUUAUUCAUGAACUUCAUAGAAUUUCACAUAGGUCUUCUGAUGAAGGAUAAGAGUCCAAGACAGGCUGAAAUUGGGCGCGAGAUUCAUGCCUUGUCUACUGGUGGUAAACCGCUGGCCUCCUGGACGGCCCAGCAAGCAGCACAGGAAUGUCGGGAAGCUUGUGGAGGGCACGGUUACCUGGCCAUGAAUCGUCUAGGUGAUAUUCGAAAUGACAAUGACCCAAACUGCACAUAUGAAGGAGACAAUAACGUUCUGCUUCAGCAAACCAGCAACUACUUACUGAGCUGGGUGAAUGCUAAACACCAAGAUAAAGCUCCUAUUGCAUCCCCUCUUGGAUCAGUCAACUUUUUGGAAGACUACAGUCUUAUUCUUGGCCAGAAAUUCACAGCCUCUAAUGUUGAAGACUGCAUGGACUCCUCAGUUCCAUUAGCUGCAUAUAAAUGGCUGGUUUGUUAUCUGCUCCGAGAAAGUGUCCUUAAAUUGAGCCACGAGAAACAGUCUGGGAGUAGUGAUUUUGAAGCAAGAAAUAACAGUCAGGUAUACUACUGUCGUUCGUUAGCCAUCGCUUUUAUCGAGCAAACAGUCUUACAAAGGUAUCAUGAAUACACUCAUGAUCCCGACACACCAUCUACACUCCAGCCUGUGCUAAAGCAUCUUAGUGCUCUGUAUGGAUUGUGGUCUUUAAGUAAACACAUGGCUGUGCUCUACCAAGGUGGAUAUGUUUCAGGUGAACAGCCUGGUAGAUUCAUACAGCAUGCUAUUCUGCAGCUUUGUUCCAAGUUGAAAGAUGAUGCAGUUGCCUUGGUGGAUGUCAUUGCACCUCCUGACUUCAUUCUGAACUCGCCCAUUGGCAGAGCUGAUGGAGAGCUGUAUAAAAAUCUGUGGACAAUAGUCCUUCAAGGCAGCAAGGUACUGGAGAGACCAUCAUGGUGGGCAGAAUUUUGUGUUAAUAAACCCGUUGUUGGCAAGCUGAGGUCAAGGAUGUAAAUCAAACAUUUAAGAGUGGCCCAGAUAGGGCAACGAUUGAGAACAUAAUUUCAGACACUGAGAGGGAAGGAGCACAUAUUUCAAGUGUUGCAAAUGAAGGAGAUUUCAUACAGAAGAUGCCAAGAGAUAGAAUGAGUUUGAAAUCCAAUAUGACCCAAUCUUAAGGACUGUUGACAUAAUGGCAAGAAUGGUGCAACACAUCUGAAUGUAGUUCAUAGUAAUCAUGCUAAUGUUAAUCAGUCGCAGAUUAAAAGAAAAAGAAAUCUCAUUAAAGUUAAUUGCUUCUCACAGCUUCAGUACAUAUAAAACUAAAUAUUACUUUCAUCAGUGUCCUGAGAGCAAAUAGGGUCCAAAAGUCUUGUAAUUGCUGGCAUGCUACAAAAGUUAAACAUGCAAAAAAGUCUAUCAACUAUCUAUGAACUAUCAACAGACAGGCCAGUUUUACUUUUUCAAGUUUCUGGGAGAGUAUUAGCAAAGCAAAGGGGUAUUUAGAACCCAGCAGGAUUUUCAGUGGAGAUAAACUAGGAUAGCAUCACUGGAGUUGAGUAAGAGAGUCUCUUUGAAGUCCAUGAAGAUACUUUACUUUAGAAGAUACUAUCUGUUCCACAACGUUUAAAAUAGUUGAUUGUUCUUUCAAUGCAAGAGAUGUGAUAAAUUGACUUCCAGUUUGAGGUUUUGAUUAAUCCCCUCAAGUUUUGUAUCACUGUAGAUAUCACUAAUUCAAAGUUUCUCAUUUACUUGUCAUUGUUAUAUUAAUUUAUGGUAAUGCAGAUGUAAAAUGAUUGUAUAACUUCACCAGUAGUUAGAUUGUUUUAUUGUUUUCCCAUCUAUACAGUGUUAGCUUUUAAGCUCAACAGAUCAAUUGGUGCAAGUCAACACAUGUUGGACUGCACCGGCUUCCUUCAGGUCCAAAUUUAGUCCAGUGAUCUGGAAGUGGGUUGUUAAAAAUAAACAAAAUCUUGUCUGUUGCCAGAUGUUGUAGACAUUUAGUCAGGGACAAGAUAGUAGGAUCAUAAUUACUGCAGCUGAGUAAUUGUUUGUAUAUGUUUAGUAAAUAUUCCCCAAGUAAUGAGUAGUUUCCUUUGCAAAUGAAGAGGCACUAGUAAGUUUUUUCAAGUGCUAAAUAUUUUAUAUUUUUAAAAUAAAAUCUGGAAAGAUACUGCCUGCUUUUCUAUACUGUAUGAUUUCCCUGUUACUCUGAACUGAUCAAGGACCAAAUCCUGCUCACCGUACUCACAUGAGCUGUCCUGUUCAGGCCAGGGGGACUAUUUGUUAGGAAGGUGUCUAGGAUUCAGGGCUUGAUCCUGUGCCAUUAAAGUCAAUGAGAGUUUUGCUUUUGACUCUCAAUGGGAGCAGGAUCAAACCCCUGCCAUUAGUGGAUUUUUUUUUUUAAUUGUCACCAUUCUGUUCCAGCUCUACACUUAUGAUUCUGAUGAAGUGUUUCUGUGCCAGAAUUCCAAAGUUUGUAAGUCUUUAUAGUGUUAUGACUCAAAUAUUAAAUAACUGUUAUUGUGCUGGUUUUUUGUGUGCAAAUAUUACUAGAAUACAUUUAAUCAUUUACAUUUAAAAGUGGUAUUUUCAGAUUUUGCCAUAUGA